UUCAAAUUAAAAAUCGUAUUCAAGUCUUGUCAUUGUUUAUCAACAUAAAAAAUAGAUAUUUCUUUAAGUGUUCAUAUUUUCUACAGUUUUUAUGUUUAAUUAUAUUAUACUUUAAGAGUAAAAGGAUUUAAUAUUUUUACUUAAAAUGGCUCGCAGAUAUGACACUAGAACGACUAUUUUCUCCCCAGAAGGCCGUUUAUAUCAAGUUGAAUAUGCUAUUGAAGCUAUAAGUCAUGCAGGCACUUGUUUGGGUAUAUUAACUAAUGAUGGUGUUCUGCUUGCAGCAGAAAAAAGAAAUGUUAACAAACUUCUCGAUGAAACUUGUGGAUCUGAAAAAAUCUAUAAAUUAAAUGAUGAUAUGGUAUGUAGUGUUGCUGGUAUUACUGCUGAUGCCAAUGUUUUAGUUGCCGAAUUACGCUCUAUAUCUGAAAGGUAUCGAAUGCAAUAUGGUGAUUCAAUUCCAUGUGAACAACUUGUUUCAUGGCUUUGUGAUGUAAAACAAGCCUACACUCAAUAUGGAGGUAAACGACCAUUUGGUGUUUCUAUUCUAUAUAUGGGAUGGGAUUCACAUUAUGGUUUUCAACUAUAUCAAUCUGAUCCCAGUGGUAAUUAUUGUGGUUGGAAAGCUACAUGUAUUGGUACAAAUAGUGCUGCUGCUAUAGCUUCAUUGAAAACUGAAUAUAAGGAAGGACAAAUGACUUUAGAUGAAGCAAAGAAAUUAGCUGUAAAAAUUUUGUUUAAGACAUUAGAUGCUACAAAACUGACAGCCGAUAAAGUGGAAAUGGCCACCCUUAAACGAGUUAAUGAUCAGACUGUGACAAAUAUACUUGAAAAACAUGAAGUUGAAAAGUUAAUUUCUGACUAUGAAAAAUUAGAAGCUGAAAUUGCUGCUGCUAAAGCUGAAGCAAAAGCAAAAGAAAAGAAGGAAAAAGAUGCUAAAGAGAAAGAGCAAUCAUCAAAAUCUACAUAAAGUUAUAAAAGCUGUGUUUAUUAUAUGUAUAAUAUUGUUUAUUAAAAAGAUUGAAUUUUUGGUAUAUGGUCAUUUUAUAAUGUACCUAACUUAAUAUAAGAACAUAUUCAUUUUUCA